UUACUUGCUGAAGAGUCAGAUCUCUACCUUGAUGAAGUUGUGACAUGGCUAGCUUUGACAUGUAACAUCAGCAUUUCUGUCUCUACACUUUGUUGCAACCUCAAGGAAGCAGGGCUCACAUGGAAAUUACUCUACAAACUUGCUGUAGAGAAGGAUAAAGAAUGUUGUCAUGAAUGGAAGGAGUCAAUGCAAACAAAUUUUACUGAUGAUGAGUCAGAAUUUGUUUUUGUAGAUGAGGUCAGCAAGAAUAAGAUAAUAUGGGCUUGCUAG